AUGACCAACGACGACAACAAUGUUUUCCCAAUGGGAGCAUUACUCAAUGAAUUUACCAAUGAAGGGAGUAGAGCUGACCAUGUUGAUAUUCUUGAGGAAUUGAGAAUGAUUCAGGCCUUAACUCAACAACGCUAUAAAGCUCUUCAGUAUCUAUUUGCAUCCCCCAUUGUGGAGAAGCGUCUUGAGGUUCUGAAAGAGAUCCAGAAAGAACAUGAUGAUUUGAAGGCAAAGUUUUUUGAGGAGAGAGCAGCUCUUGAAGCCAAAUACCAAUUAUUGUAUCAACCAUUGUACACAAAGCGCUAUGAAAUUGUGAAUGGUCUUGCUGAAGUGGAAGGGGCUGAUAUAGAUGAGCCUGAAGUGAAGGGAGUGCCUUAUUUUUGGCUCGUUGCUUUGCAAAAUAAUGACGAGAUAGCUGAUGAGAUCACAGAGCGUGAUGAAGAUGCUUUGAAGUAUCUCAAAGACAUCAAGUAUACCAGGACCACAGAACCGCAAGGAUUCAAACUUGAGUUCUUUUUUGAUUCAAAUCCGUAUUUUUCAAACACGAUCCUGACCAAAACUUAUCAUAUGGUCGAUGAAGACGAGUUUAUAAUGGAGAAGGCUAUUGGGACCGAAAUUGAAUGGCUUCCGGGCAAAUCAUUGACCGAGAAGAAAGAUCCAAACACUGCAAAACAAACUAUCGAAACUGAAAAAUUUGAUAGUUUCUUCAAUUUUUUCAACUCGCUAGAGAUUCCCAAAGAUGGCAUGGGUGUUGAUGAAGAAGCGGAUGAAGAACUUCAGAAUGAGAUGGAACAUGACUAUGACAUUGGGUCCACCAUAAGAGACAAAAUCAUUCCCAAUGCUGUAUCAUGGUAUACCGGGGAGGCUUCCGAUGGAGAGUCUGGAGAUUUAGAUGAUGAUGAUGAUGAUGAGGAUGAGGAGGAUGACGAGGAAGAGGUGGAGGUGGAAAAGGAGGAGGAAGAUGACAACUAUGGCUUGGAUGAUGAUGAAGAAGAUGACAAUGAAGAUGUCAACAAUCCAAAAAAGAGGAUUGCUGUUCCAAUCCUCAACAAUUAA